AUGUCAGUUGUCCCACCCUUAUUGAGUCAAGAAGCUGGUUCAAAUGAUUUGCAACCUACUUCAUCUCUUGAUUUGCCUAUUGCUCAUAACAUUGUUUCUGCAAUGCUUAAUGUUCAUCUGAUGCAGACAAGAGCUAAGUUUGGGAUUAGAAAGCCCAAAGUUCUCAUGGCGUCUAUUGAACUUUCUUUUGUCAUAAAUGCUCUCAAAAGUCAGCAGUGGUCAAGUGCUAUGCAAUCUGAGUUUCACGCUCUUAAGAAGAAUAAAACUUGGUCUUUAGUUGACUUACCCUUUGACCAAGUACCUAUAGGUUACAAGUGGGUUUACAGAGUAAAGGAGAACACAAAUGAGACUAUUGCUCGGUACAAAGCUCGUCUUCUUGCAAAGGGCUUUCAACAACAAACUGGCUUUGAUUAUAAUGAGACUUUUAGUCCAGUUGUUAUGCCAGUGGCCAUUUGA